AUGAGUAAGUCGGUGAUUUUGUCGUGCAUCACUACGCGCUAUCUUUUAUUCAGUUUCGUCUCCCUUCUGCUCGCGUACCUCUACCUCCCAGACUUGAAGUCAAGAACGGGGCGGCCAAACCGAAAUCAAGGAUACGAAUAUGAAGAAUUAUCUAUGACAAAAGCAGCCACCGAUAUCGUUUAUGAUUCAGGGUGCUGCCCGCUGCCAUUCGUGCCUCGCCCUUCGGCGAUGCCAAGGUCCAUUCCCUACAUCCAGCACAAAUUCACUUUCCAAACAGAGCAUCAUGGGAAUCAAAUGAAGGAAAGAAAACAUGCUGUGAAAAGAGCAUUUGAGCACAGCUGGAAUGGAUACAAAAAUCAUGCUUGGUUAUGGGAUGAGGUUUCCCCUAUUAGUGGUGGACAUAAAUCCACACUUGGUGGUUGGGGAGCAACUCUGAUCGACUCGUUGGAUACCUUGUUGAUAAUGGGUCUGGAUCAGGAGUUUGAGAAGGCAAUUGAAUCUCUUAGCGAUAUUGACUUUUCAAGCCCAGGAGCACUCGGUAUCAACGUCUUUGAGACAAAUAUACGGUAUCUGGGAGGCUUGCUCAGCGCAUACGAUUUAACUGAUGGAAAGCAUCAAAUCCUAUUGGAAAAAGCUCGUCAAUUGGGUGACUUCCUGUAUGGUGCUUUUGAUACGCCCAAUGGGAUUCCGCAGACAAGGUGGAACUGGUCAAAUCCCUCGCCAACGCAUGAAGCUCCGAGGGAAAGUAUCUUCCUUGCGGAACUGGGGUCUCUAAGCUUGGAAUUUACCCGUCUUUCGCAAAUCACAGGCGAUGAAAAGUAUCUUGACGCGCUUCAAAAGAUUACCGACCUCCUACACAACACUCAGAACUCAACGAAGCUGCCUGGUUUAUGGCCAGUACUUUUCGAUCCUCAGGCAAUGCAAUUUUCAAGCACGCACUUUACACUCGGUGGUAUGGCUGACUCUACUUACGAAUACCUUGUGAAAGAAUUUGUUCUCCUCGCGGGCCGAUCGGAUAAGUAUCGUGACAUGUAUAUCUCUGCAGUGGAAAGCAUGAAGAAGAAUCUGCUUUUUCACGGUAUGAAUCAAGAUGGCAGACGGACACUGUUCGCAGGAAAUAUCCGGUUUGUCUCGGAAACUGGUCAGGAAACCUUUGAGUAUCAAACGGAGCAUCUCAAGUGUUUCCUUGGGGGUAUGGUAGGGAUUGGCUCCAAAGUUUUCAAUCGGCCAUCCGACCUGUCUAUUGCGCGAGAACUAGUGGAAGGAUGCAUUUGGGCGUACGAACUCAUGCCCACCGGUAUUAUGCCCGAAGUUUUGUAUAUAAGUGGUUGCAAAAACUCGAGGUGUGAAUGGGAUGACGAAAGGUGGCUCCGGGGUAUUCUUGGAAGGUCAGACGAACGGGAGAUGCCUCUUGAAGUGAGGGAGGCUGCCGAGCAAAUUGCCUUGAUCCAUGGGCUCCGACCGCCUAUAUUGGAGGUAGCCGACCCCAGUUAUCGACUGAGGCCUGAGGCAAUUGAGUCUAUCUUUAUUCUAUAUAGACUCACUGGCGAAAGAUCACUUCAAGAUACUGCAUGGCGAAUGUUUCAGAAUAUUGAAAAGUAUACUAGAGCCGAGCAUGGCUAUGCCGCGCUUGACGACACUCGGAACACAGAGUCAGCAAAAUUGGAUGUCAUGGAAAGCUUUUGGUUUUCGGAGACGUUAAAAUAUUUCUAUCUCAUAUUCUCGGAUCUUGAUUGUUUAAGCUUGGAUGAAUAUGUCUUUAAUACGGAAGGACAUCCAUUCAAGUACCUGAAUCCCGAGUCGAAUGAAAUUUGA